UUGACACUUUUUAGUUUAAACUGAACUCUAGCAUACGGGAGCCACAAAAAAUAGUUCAUGGUUUUGAGUUGGGAACGGGACGCGCACAUACACCACACACACACUUUUACACGUGCCAAAACGCACACAUACUAAGACGAAACACACACACCAAGAGGCACCCGGACGGCAGCAUCCCCAUGCCUGGCCCGGUGGAGGACGAAAACGAAGACUUGGCGGAGUCGGAGGACCUGUGCGCCUUCUGCCUGGACCGCAUCCAGAAUCCAGAGAGGCUGCACUGCAACCAUGCCUUUUGCAAGACUUGCCUGGAGAUCUACCUGGAGGAACGCAACUGGGUGGCCAAGAGCUGUCCCAUCUGCCGGCGUAGCCUGGGCGAGCCGUGGGCCAGGCAGGGUAACGCAGUUCGUGAUUUCCGGGGUCCAGGGAAAUACAUAAUCGGCUGGCGACUGUUUGGCUGCAUGACGCUUGCAAUUAUGCUGUUGAGUCUGGUGUCCUUUUACCUGCUGCUGAUCUACUGGUAAAGUUCGUUCACAGGGCGGCAGCAGCAACUGAUUUGGCAAAGAAAAAGAACAAGAUGUAUAUUUGUACUUAGAUAGACUCGCCAGAGAGAAAGAUAUGUAUGUAUGCAAACUUGCCAGUGGAUUUUAAUUAAACCUGAAAGCCAUAAAAUGCCAA